AUGGCGACCAAGCUAGGGCGUUCCCCGCAGGCGACGCGGGGGGGUGAUCGCCGUGACCCUCCGAAAAGUGGACGACGGCUACCGUAUACAGAGCGGAUACGGCUAAAGAAGCAAGCUCAAAGACGGAAGAGGAGAGAGGAACAAAGGACCACCAGGAAACUAAGGGUUGGCACACUGAACGUGGGCACUAUGACUGGAAGAGGAAGAGAAGUCGUGGACAUGAUGGAAAGGAGAAAAAUCAACAUCCUGUGUGUACAAGAGACAAAGUGGAAAGGGGAAAAAGCCAGAGAAAUGGGAAAUGGGUACAAAAUGUACUACGUAGGACACGAGGCAAAGAGAAAUGGAGUCGGAAUAGUGCUGGAUCCAGAAAUGAAGGAAGGUGUACUACAGGUACAUAGAAAGUCGGACAGGGUUAUGUGGGUGAAGAUGGAACUUGUGAAAGAGGUCGUCAACAUUGUAUGUGCAUACGCCCCACAGGUAGGGUGUGAUGCGGAGGAAAAGGAAAUUUUCUGGAAGACCAUGGGAGAAGUCAUGCUAGAGAUCCCAGGGACGGAGAAAGUCUGGAUAGGAGCGGACCUUAAUGGUCAUGUAGGAGGAGGAGUGGAUGGGUAUGGAAGCAACAUCGGAAAAAGGAUCACCUAUACCAGUGGCGGUGUGAAUUCCCAAGUGGACUACAUCAUCUGCAGGAGUGAGCUAAAAAGGGUACAAGACUGCAAGGUACUGCCAGGAGAAGCCGUAGCGAAACAACACAAAGUAGUCACCUGCACAGCGACAGUCAAGGCAGAGAAAACGAAAAAGAGAGAAAGAACAAAGAAGACACGAUGGUGGAAACUGAAUGAGAGCGAGCAUAGAGAGAAGUUUGUGGAAAAGGCAAUGGCGGCAAUCAAUGAACAACGAGAGAAAUCAUGGGAAGAAACCAGCAGAGUGUUAAAAGAUACAGCGAAGGAGAUUUUGGGGGUAACAUCAGGGAAACCAGGAAGAAAGGAGGAAACGUGGUGGUGGUGCGACGAGGUACAAGAAGCAGUAAAAGUGAAAAAGGAGAUGAAAAAGCAAAAAGACUUUAACAGGUGCGAGGAGACAAUAGAAGCGUACAAAGUGGCAAACAAGGCAGCAAAGAGAGCGGUAGCAAUGGCAAAAGCAGAAGCAUACAAAGAUUUGUAUGACAGCCUGACAGAUGACAAUGAAGGACAAAGGAAAGCGAUCCGUAUUGCAAAGCAGAAACAUCGGGAAUCGCAAGAUGUGUACCAGGGCAAGCAGAUGAAGGAUGCGAACGGAGUAGUCUUGACAGAUGAAAAUGACAUCAAGGAGAGAUGGAGAACAUACUUCGAACAGCUGAUGAACGUGGAAAAUGACAGAAUUGAUAGUGUGAUAGAAGCAAGACCCGAAGAAGUGAUAGAUGUGAUAACAGCUGAGGAGGUGGAAAGAGCAUUGAGGAAAAUGAAGAAGGGCAAGGCAACAGGCCCGGAUGACAUCCCAGUGGAGGCAUGGAAGGUCUUAGGAAGGACAGGUGUCAUCAUACUGCUGGAAAUCUUCACCAAGAUAAUGGAAACUGAGAAAAUGCCUGACGAGUGGAGAGAGAGCACGCUAAUACCUAUCUUUAAGAAUAAAGGAGACAUCCAGGACUGCGGAAAUUACAGAGGAAUCAAACUGAUGGCACACACGCUGAAAAUGUGGGAGAGAGUUAUAGAGAAGAGAUUGAGAGAGAAGGUGGAUAUAUCAGAGCAGCAGUUCGGCUUUAUGCCAGGCCGGUCCACAACAGAUGCGAUAUUUGCCCAGAGACAGCUGAUGGAGAAAUAUAGAGAAGGCCAGAAGGGGUUGCACAGCAUAUUCAUAGACUUAGAGAAAGCAUAUGACAGGGUGCCAAGAACAGAGGUGUGGAAUUGUCUACGGCUAAAAGAAGUGCAAGAGAAAUACAUCCGGCUCAUUCAGGAUAUGUACGAAGGCACCAAGGCAAAGGUAAAGUGCAUGGUAGGAACUACGGAAAGUUUCCAGGUUAAAGUUGGACUCCAUCAGGGAUCUGCACUAAGUCCAUUCCUCUUUGCCAUCGUCAUAGACUGUCUCACCGAAGCAGUUCAGAAGAUUGCCCCAUGGGACCUGAUGUUCGCAGAUGACGUUGCACUGAACGGGGAGACAAAUGAGGAUGUGGAAGAGAGGCUGGAGCAGUGGAGAAGAGCAUUGGAAGAUAGAGGGAUGAAGGUGAGCAGGCAUAAAACAGAGUACCUUUAUGUGGGGGAUCAAGAUCCAGAGAGAGCAGUAGAAAUGCAGGGUUUGAAGCUGAACAGAGUCCAAGAGUUUAAGUACCUUGGUUCCACAUUGCAAAGCGACGGGGCAUCGGACAAGGAGGUUGGUAAGAGGAUACAGGCGGGAUGGAAUGCUUGGAGAAAGAUCACUGGGCUGCUAUGCGACAGACGGGUCCCAGCAAAGCUGAAGGGCCGGAUAUUCAAGACAAUGGUACGACCGGCGAUGCUGUAUGGGAUGGAGGCAGUCGCGGUAACGAAGGGACAAGAGAGGAAGAUGGAAGUAGCUGAGAUGAGGAUGCGACGAUCCUCACUGGGGAAGACCAGGCUAGAUCGGGUACGAAACAGCACCAUCAGAGAGGCAAUUGGGGUAGGCGAACUGGAGAAGAAGCUGAGGGAGUGCAGACAUGAGAGUCCAGUGGAAUGCCCCGUGCCGCUCCCAAGCCUGGGUAAAUGGGGAGGGUUGGAGACAGGAAGGGCAUCCGGGUGUACAAAUGCUAGCAACAACCAUGAAUUGAUGAGGAACACUGCACCGGCGACACCUCAGACAUGCGAGAAGAAAGUCCAUUGA